GUAACGCAGGAGGAUUGGAACAUCAAAGUCGACCAAGAUCAACUUGCAGGAAUUUUAUGGUUUCCUCUUCCGCAAGACAAAUCCAUUGAGCGCCCUCUACGUUUAAAUAGAGUCCUUCAUAUCUUACCAGGUGGAGAAGGAAAACCAGAAUUCAGAGUCUUGGUUCUUGUGAUCAAUAGAGGAGAAAUUACCGGAAGAACGGAGGGGAAAGGAGGGAAAGUGAGGAAAGAAGCAGAGGGGGAUGGCGAGUGAGGAAGGAAUACAGCAGACAUUGCAGGAAUUGCAGAAGCAGCUGGCCAAGAAACAGAUGUUUGAGAAAUCUGUUUCCACCAUCAGAUCUCUCCUUCAGCAACACUAUUCUUCUGCUUCACCUUCUCUACGGCAAGCGUUCUACACGGUAGUAUGUCGGGUUGCAACUAUUUUGAAGACAAGAUAUACUUCACCAGGAUUUUGGAAUGCCGGGCUUAACCUUUUCCAAGAAGCUGAACAGCUCGUCUCGGAUGCUUCUGAGAGAAAGCACUUGCAGAGUUGCAUUGCUCAGGCACGGGAUCAGUUGGGUGAAGUCGAAAACCAGUCUGAGGAUUUGAGAUCUACAGAGAAUAGAACUAAUAGAGGUUACUUAUUUGAAGGGCAUCUCACUGUUGAUCCUGAGCCUCCACAGCCCGAUUGGUUAGUACAAGCAAACUUGCUCACAGCUGCCGCUACCUUGCUCCAGGGCGAAUCUUCUGGAGAACAAGUGGAGGAUACUAACUCUGUAGAAGGUGCUGUAAACCUACUCCAGGAUCUGGUUGAUAGACUGGAUAACAUUGUGCCUGAGAUUCUAGAUGUUGAUUCUGGAGUUCCAAGAGCACCACCUGCCAGUAAGGAAGUUGUGGCAAAGCUUCCAGUUACUACCGUUACAGAAGAAGUCUUGGUGAAGCUAGGCAAAGAUGCCGUGUGCUCCAUUUGCCAGGAGAAUUUGGUCGUAGAUGACAAGAUGCAAGAAUUACCUUGCAAGCAUAUGUUUCAUCCCCCCUGCCUCAAACCAUGGCUGGAUCAACAUAAUUCUUGUCCAAUCUGCCGGCACGAACUGAAAACCGAUGAUCAUGCUUAUGAGAGUUGGAAGGAAAGGGAGAAAGAAGCUGAGGAAGAGAGGAAAGGAGCCGCAAAUGCCGUUCGUGGGGGUGAAUAUAUGUAUGUCUAGAUGUAGUCAACGAUGGAUUAUGCUGGCUCAUGUUCAUUUACAUUUCGCUCUAUUUCCCAACAUUUUUUGUAUUUCUUCUCGAUUUCAGUUUAUAUCUAUUCAUAGGAAAAUUCUUACCCAAAUUUGGUUUUGGUCGAAUUAAGCCGAUCACAGCAAGUGUGAUACACUUGACAUAUGACUGGUCACAUUCCUAAAUUAUACACCAAUUGUGAUACACUUGA